AUGUGUUGUGUGUCUAUUGAGACCUAUUGUCGUCGGGACCAGAGUCUGGCCAAUCGGUGUGUGGUCUCCGAAGCGAUGGUAAGCCUCGGGAGGAAUGAGUUCAGAGACACUAUCAUCAGAAUCGACGACAGGAAGUGUGGGAAACGGAUCCGAGAGUUCACACUAUUGGCCGAUAAACUCAAUUACAAACUCAACACACGGUUUGUGGCCGAAGGCAAAGCCAGUGUCACUCUAAUGGAUCCAAACGUACGGAUCUUUCUGUCCAACUGUCCGUCCAAUCAGUUGUCUCUCUUUCUCAAGUGUUUUGUCUUUAAAUGCGAUUAUUAUAAGCGAAGCGAUGGCCACACAAGUGGUGGACAAGACAUUAGGCGCCGAUUGGUUGCCGACAAGCAGUCAGUGUUCGACGAAAUGAGUCCAUUGACUGACAAAGACAUCAAACGAAACGUUUUGCUGAAAAGCAAACAAAACGAGCGAAACGUGAAGACUGUCUACGAGUCGCCCAAAUCGACCAAAACUUACGACAGAAAGGGUUUAACAAAACGAAAACUGGCCGUCAAUGACGAGAACCGGAGUCCGGGCGCCAAACGCGCGGCCAUCGCAGCGCUCAUACCAUCGCCGGUGAGACACAUGAAACUGUUGAACGAGAAUGGGUUGACUAACGAACAGAGACGAGUGAUGGCUGCCGUAGUUGACGGCCGGAACGUGUUCUUCACGGGCAGCGCCGGCACCGGGAAGUCGUUUCUGUUGCGGUUUAUUAUCGCACGUCUGGCGCCGGACACCACUUACGUGACGGCCAGCACUGGGAUCGCCGCCUCCCAUAUCGGAGGCAUGACUUUGCAUAUGUUUACGGGUCUGACGCCCGACCAGAGCCGCAAAGGCACUGCUGAAGAGUGUGCGAAGACAUUGAUGGCCAACGCAUCCAAACUGAAUCGCUGGCGGAAAUGCAAAUGCCUUGUGAUCGACGAGAUAUCGAUGGUUUGCGGCAAAUACUUUCAAUUAGUCGAUAGUGUGGCCAAAAUUGUCCGCAAUUGCGACCAACCCUUCGGCGGCAUUCAAGUGGUCGUCUGCGGAGACUUUCUUCAGUUACCGCCCAUCACUCGCAGGGAUGAGGAGAAGUGUUUCGCCUUUCAGAGCGCGUCUUGGGAUCAAUGCAUCACCAAUUCGUUUGAAUUAAGUCACGUCAAGAGACAAACCGACAAAACGUUUAUCAAAUUAUUGCAAAACAUUCGUAUAGGAAAUUGCGACCAAUCGAUGACCACUCAAAUACUCAACACUUACAACAAUGAUCUCAAUUGCAAGGACUUGUGUCCCACACGACUCUUCACGCAUCGCAAUGACGUCGACCUCAUUAACACCAAACAGUUGAAUAGCAUUGACAGCAAAGCCGUCGUGUUUACCGCCGAAGACAGCGACCCGAAGUACGCGCCCCUCUUCGACGGCAUGUGUCCGACGGCGCGCACUCUUGAGCUCAAAGUUGGCGCUCAAGUGAUGCUCAACCGGAAUAUAGACGUCGGUCGCGGACUCGUGAACGGACUGAACGGCAAAGUGAUGAAAAUGGAGAGAGAGAAGAGCGACGGACGCCUUUACCCCCGCAUUCAGUUCGUCAACGGCUGCGAAGCGGUCAUCAAACGCGAGAAUUGGGUCAUAAGAGUGGCAAACGAUAGGUUUGUGUCGCGACGACACCUUCCGCUGCAGCUGUCGUGGGCUCUGUCUAUCCAUAAGUCGCAGGGAAUGACUAUCGAUAACGGGGUGGAGAUCUCAUUGGCGCGAGUGUUUGAAUGCGGACAGACAUACGUCGCGCUCUCCCGCUGUAAGACACUGUCAAACAUCCGGAUUAUUGAUUUCAAUCCCAAUAGCGUUAUCGUCGACUCAAACGCUCUUCACUUCUAUAAUAAUCUCAAAUUUAAUUGA